UCGGGGCGAGGUCUGGGCGCAUGCGCAGCCUGCGUCCUCCCAGCAGCCUCCCGCGCAAGAUGGCGCCACAAGAUUCUGUCCUCCAUCCCGUCUGAGAGAACGCCAGGUGACCGCGUCCGCCGCCGUGUUGCAGCUCCACGUUGUUCGGCGAAAAAGCCAGAGGCUGAGCCCCGGCGGGUGCGAUGGCCGCGGUGGUGGCCAAGCGGGAAGGGCCGCCGUUCAUCAGCGAGGCCGCCGUGCGGGGCAACGCGGCCGUCCUGGAUUACUGCCGGACCUCAGUGUCAGCGCUGUCGGGGGCCACGGCCGGCAUCCUCGGCCUCACCGGCCUCUACGGCUUCAUCUUCUACCUGCUCGCCUCCAUCCUGCUCUCCCUGCUCCUGAUUCUCAAGGCGGGAAGGAGGUGGAACAAAUAUUUUAAGUCACGAAGACCUCUCUUUACAGGAGGCCUCAUCGGAGGCCUGUUCACCUACGUCCUGUUCUGGACAUUCCUCUAUGGCAUGGUGCACGUCUACUGAAAUGGGGGCAGGGGUCACUUUUUUAACAAACCAGACUGGGAGGACUUAACACCGUAUAGACUUACUUAGUUUUUAAAUUGUUGAAUUCGCUGCUUGUUCUGUGACGUUAUAAGUAAUUUAUAUCUGAAGACAGAGAUCCUGUAAUAUCCUUCAGAUUAAAUGAAGCGUGAGACA